GUGCGUCGCGACGUCAUCCGUGCGGUGUUAUAUUGUUGUGCUGUGUUGUGGAGGAGGAGGUUUCCUUUGCGGGGAGGAUUUCAGCAGAAGGAAGAAGCUAACAGAAAGAGUGGAAAAUUUUGACCUCCGAGAGAAGUGAUAAGACGGCGAGAUUUUGUGCAAGUUUUAAUGUUUUUUGGAAAGACAUCACCAAACAGAUGGAUUCAAAUUACCACACGUCGAAAUUAAAGCACGCAAAAAAUGAUGAAAUAUCCUUCACAGGUCAGCUAAUCCGGUGAAGUUAUUUGAUGCAAAGAGCAAGCAGAAGAAGUGACAGUGCUUGAAAAAGCGGCUCCAGCUGUCAAAAGUGUCAACCGGCCCCACCGUCGUGAGGGCGCCACCUGUUCAACAUAGAGUGCUGUGCUCGCACAAAUGUGUGAUUGAUCCGAGAGAAGAAGAAGAGGAAGCAAUAAGAAGAAAACGAAGUUAAGAAGAGUAUCGAAACACGUGGAAUUCGCUAUGGAAGGCACAGGAUUUGCACGUGAUCAUUCUGCCGAAUGUGAAGCCGGCAGUCGCAGUUAGCAGCACUGCUUCCGGUCCAGCGUUCGCUCCAUUCUCGAAAACUAUUUUAUCUCUGCACAACAACAUCAGUCUUAUCUAAACUGUCAGAUCUAACCGAAAGAUCCCUUCUGCCGAAAGCGACGAAACCACCGUUGUACCGUUCACCGGGAAUAAUUGCGUAAAACAAAACUCCAACCGUAAUUGACCACCGGCAUCGACACGGCAAAGACCGGCACCCUUCUCCAGCCUCGCAUCCGACCGAUAAACGUAUCUGCAGGUCAGCCCAGUAGCUCAGCUCCGGACUCAGGAAAACCUCCAAACUGCCACCACCAGCUCCGGGAUCUUCCGAAGGCUUCGCGCGUUGGCACCAGUAGUAGUACUAGCAGUAGCGGGCAUAGCACUAAACUUGUAACUUGUUCUGCAACGCAUCCAUCGCAACGUGUGUGUGUUUUGUACAUUGGGCAGCACCUCUCAUCCUCUCUUUAUCUAUUGUUCUCUCCUUCGAGUGUGUAAGGCAGGUGUGAGCGUUUGUUUGGUGUUCGGGGUUUGCUUCCAGUAGUCAAUAUAGUCUUGCGUAUCUCAUCCCGAUCGUUUGUGGGUGGUUUUAUGGUAGUAGUAUCGGCUACACAGCUUCACUAACUCAGCGCACCCCUUCAUCGCCCCCCUCAAUUGGAUUUGUAGAUAUACCGCACACGUACACUGCACAUACCUCUCUAACCCUGUAGAAGAUACUAGUCGCACACAAUGGCAACGGAUUUCAGCGUACGAAGAUCACUGGGGCUCGGCAUCGGCAUCCUCCUCGUGAUCGCGUUAUCAGCGGCAACAGCGUCAGUAACUAAUGGAGACAGCGUAAGCGCCACGCCGGCGAAUCAGUCGAUUCGUGCUGCUGCUACGCCCAGUGGUCAACAUGCCGACGACGACGACACCGUCUGCGAAGAUGGGUUGAUGUUUCCAGUAUGGACACCACAGGAUAACCUGACCACCGGCGAUCGCUUCGCCCGUGGUAUGGUGUACUUUUUAGCAUUGCUCUACCUGUUCAUCGGUGUGUCGAUUGUGAGUGAUCGGUUUAUGGCUGCUAUUGAAGUUAUAACCUCGAAGGAGAAGGAAGUCCGGGUGAAGAAACAGGGUUGUGAAGACCAGAUUGUAGUGGUCCGUGUUUGGAACGAAACCGUUGCCAACCUUACUUUGAUGGCACUUGGUUCAAGCGCACCUGAGAUUCUGUUGUCAAUCAUUGAAAUCGUAGCGAAAAAUUUUAAUGCGGGCGACUUGGGUCCCGGUACUAUUGUCGGUUCAGCUGCCUACAAUCUCUUCGUUAUCAUCGCAAUUUGCGUCCUGGUUAUCCCAGAUGGUGAGGUACGCAAGAUUAAGCAUCUGCGAGUAUUCUUCGUGACGGCGACUUGGUCUGUGUUUGCGUACAUUUGGCUUUAUCUGAUCCUUGCACAAAUCACACCCGGCCGCGUGGAUGUUUGGGAGGGCUUCCUCACAUUCCUUUUCUUCCCUGCUACUGUAAUGACGGCCUACAUCGCAGAUCGAAGACUACUGAUCUACAAGUACAUUGGCAAGCAGUACCGUAUGAACAAGCGCGGCGUCAUCGUCCAGGUCGAGGCGGAGUCGGCGCUUGAGAUGAAUAAUCGGGACGAGAAAUUGAAUACUAUCGAUGAGAACGGCGGCGUAACGGAGGAGGUUCGUGACUUUGAAGAGUCCCGUCGCGAGUACAUCUCCACGUUAAAGGACUUGCGCAAAAAGUAUCCCCAGCAUGAUCUCGAGCAGCUCGAAGUUAUGGCCCAGGAGCAGCUAAUGAAUAAGGGACCCAAGUCGCGAGCAUUCUACCGCAUCCAGGCCACCCGCAAGAUGAUGGGCAGCGGCAACAUCAUGCGGAAGAUUUCGGAGCGGGCCCAGUCCGAUCUGAGCGAGGUUAAGGCCGAGCUGCAGCGCGUGGACGUCGACGAGGCGAUCGAGGAGGACGCUGUCUGCAAGGUGUUCUUCGAGCCCGGUCACUACACGGUCAUGGAGUCGGUCGGCGCGUUCGAUGUUCGCGUUGUGCGUCGCGGUGAUUUGUCUUCCUCGGUGACGGUCGACUUCGAAACGGAGGACGGUUCGGCCGAGGCCGGUUCCGACUACAUCGGCAAGAAGGGUACGCUCAAGUUCGGUCCGGGCGUCGACGAGCAGCGCUUCCAGAUCGAGGUCAUUGACGACGAAGUGUUUGAGCAGGACGAGCACUUUUACAUCCGGCUCAGCAACGUUUCCGAGCCGGCAACGCUGUCUACGCCCAAGGUCGCCACGGUUAUGAUUCUCGACGACGAUCACUCCGGUAUCUUUGCGCUGGCUAGCAAGGACCACGAGCUGGUAGAAUCGGUCGGUGUGUACGAGCUGAAGGUCCAGCGGUACAGCGGCGCUCGCGGCAAGGUGCGCGUGCCGUACUGGACCGAGGACGGCACCGCCAAGACCGGCAAGGACUACGAGGAGCAACGCGGCGAGCUGCUGUUCGACAACAAUGAAAUUGAGAAAACCAUUCAGCUCGUCAUCAUUGAGGAGGGCAGCUACGAGAAGGAUGUGCUGCUGUACGUGAACCUCGGCGAGCCCCAGCAGGUUGGAGACGACGAACUGACAGGCAUCAUCGAGGCGGCGGAAUCGAAGGCCGCCGAAGACCUGACGGAGGAGGACAAGAUGGCGCUACUCGGCAGGCCCAAGGCCGGUGAUAUUGUCAGGGCACAACUUAGGAUAAAAGAAAGUAAAGAAUUUAAGGUAAGCAUAAUCUUUUUUGUUUGGUGGAUCGCAAACCAGCAGUGACGUGGCGCUAGUAUUGCUAGAUGGUGUUGUCUUGGUGCAGUGUGAUCAGGGAGUUUGGUUUAUUUGGUAAAUAUUACAUGAUAAUUUUGAAACCGACCAUGAACAAUAUUUAAGACAUUUGAUUGACAAUAUUUUUAAAGCUAUUUUUUUUUAAUUCAAAUGUUCCAAAGAUUUUUUUUAAUAAUCUUUCAUUCUAAAAUACUUUUCCUUCAAUCUUGGAACUGGAUAUAUUGUUCUCGACCCAGUUAUACUUUAUUUAAAAAAAAAAUCUAGGUGAAUCCUUCAUGAGCCGUCCUUUUCUCAACAACUCUGAAAAAAGAAAUUCUAUCCCGAACCCCUCCUGGUUGACCAGAUUUACUGACCGGCAUUGGUUUUCCCUUAUCGACUUCCGGACAUUCACUCGUACUCUUAAACUUUCCAAAGCCAAAAGCUCCCCGCUGUUUCUUCAACCCUGAAUUGAAGGCAAACGAAAAUAAAGGCUAAACGAAAGAGAAAGCCCUCAUCAGAAAGGGAAAGCUCAUCAAACAGGGCAAGGAUAGCUAAAAAGGAAAAUGGUUUGCGUGGGAGCGUCAUGAACUAAAAUUCAAUAAGCUCAUCUCUGCUGGGCAUCUCCCACUUUCUCUCGACUCCGGUGGCCGUCCCAGGGUCCAGUCAAUCAACCCCAGCUUCAGCUUCAGCGAGAACGAUUUCUUCAUCAACAUCAUCAUCUGGGUGAGGUGGUAACGGAAUGUCUGUCCUUCAACGACGGAACGAGGACUUAAUAAAGCGAGCCCAGGUUUAUCUUUAGCCUGGUGCCUUCAGGCUAUGUGGGGCACGUACUCCGGACCAAGAAUCAACCGUGCCCGACAGACAAGCUCAGCAAUUAUGGUGGGACGCGCGCAAUGAUCUGCAAUUCGGCUGUCCCUCGGCUCCGCAGGAGGGCGAUGAAGUUGAUCAAAUGCGCGUGAUUCCAUUUUUGGUAUAAAGUAUGUAGAACUACACAAUACAUAAAGCAUAAUGCAACUUUUAGAAAAUUAUCCUUUCUUCAGAAAUGCAAGCUGUCAAUUUAUUGAAUUGAUUUCAAAAUUGAUAAAAACAAUCUCUGCAAUCUUCUGCAAAAAAAAUUAUGAGAACCCUCUAUCGAAUCUUUUUUUCUGUUAAACUAUGUAGACAAUUUUUUUACUUAGUUUAUUAAAAUUAUGUAUGUAUGUAUUUGAACCCCCGUCUUUGCAGGACUUGGCCAUGACCACAGUAUAUUUCAACUGAAACGGUUCGGUUAGUAACCACCAUAUAUCUCAAGAACCUUUGAAGCAAAUACCUUUCUCUGGCUAACGAUGUCUUCUGUAAUUGUACAGACAUAGAUCGGUAAUGCAGAUGAUUCGGGCCAGACAAUCCACGACUCCCUCGUCCAGUUCAUGAGCAUAUGAGAUGGCCCUGGGCUGUUUUUUGAGACGGUGUUAGUAGUUAUAUAAUGGUUUGAUAUGUUAUACCUUGUGACAUUAUUUCGCCACUAUGGAUCAAUUCAGUUCUGUUGAUGGCCGACUGGUUAGCGUCCCAGACCAUCAUUCCAAAGAUGUGAGUUCGAAUCCCACCUGAUUCUUCAAGGUUUUUUGGUUCAUAUUCAAAGUUCAAUUCGUGAUUCUAAAUUUCAAGGGAACCGACCGGGAUUUGAUCCCUGAACCUUCUGCUUUCGAGGCAGAAGCCCAACCAUUAUGCCACGGUGACGGUUGUUUUUCACUUAGUUUAUUAAAAUUAUAUUAAAAAUCUCAUUAAUUCGUUUACGGACUAAUAGCAGGGGGAAAACACUGUUUUUUUUAUAAAAAUAGAUUCAGUUUGUGGAAAAACAUGUAUAAUGGAUUGCAAUCUAUCUGCAAACAAAAUAAAGUUUAUUGAUCGUACUUUUUUAUUAAAUUAGACAAUUUAAAAGCUUUUGAAAAUAUGGAAUUUUGGAACCAAAGAUCCAAAAAUUCUAAGAUCGAUUUGGUAUAUAUUACACCGAAUAACAAAAUUUCUGCGCAGGCUCAACUCGAGGGGAAGCAUGAAGUUUGGGGUCCCAGAAACACGUGCAUUUUGAAUUUUUCAAAAAUAUUUUGACAGGGCUGAAUUGUUUUUCUCCAAAAUUUGUAUGGAGAACUAGUGCUGUCGCUUCACCCAAAUAUUGCAUGCAAUUUUUGCUUGCAAGCAACAGUGACGAACCGCCCUAAUUCGCCAUACAAACUUUGGAGAAAAAUCAUUCGGCCCUGUCUUAAUAGGGUAUUUUAACCAUUAGUGGACCCCCUAGUAGAGCCGAAGCACAUUUUUCACAAAUUUUCAAUAUUUUAAGCACUUUUUCAUAACCCUUUGUACAAAACAAUGAAAACUGAAGUCUUUCGAACAGUUUUGACUAUUUUUUUCAUCAGUUAUUUGUUUUUGAGCAGAAAAAUAGCCAAUUGAAAAAAAAGUUUUUUUUGCCUGUUGUGGACCCCCUUUUCCUAUAGUGGACCCGGGUCCAUAAUCCGAUUGUGGACCCGGGUCCACUAUAGGCAAACUGUUAUUUUUAUACCAAAUUUAACCGAUAUUUGAUGUUUUGAUGCAUGGUGUAGGUCUAAUGAUAGAUAUAAUGAAUAAAAGAUGUAUUUUGCUCACUUUUCAUCAUAAACAAAUAUUUUUUGUUAACAAAUUUGGCUUUAAACAACAAAAAACCAAACAGACAUUUAAACACAUUUAUUUCCGAAAAAGAUCAGAGAAAACGUCUCAAAAACCACUGUAAACAUAAAAAUAAUUUAAAAAAAGUAAUCCUGAUGCAAAUUUUUCCAUAUUAAUUACAUAAAUGGUUGACCGAUACUAAACAAUAGAAUUGUUUACAGUUGCUGAUAAAACCACGCAUGUUUAUUGGAAAAAGAAUGUUUUGUUGUUGAUUUAUUAUUAUAAAAUAUCAUUUCAAACUGCAAUAAUGGUGCUUCAGUUAAGUACAAUUAACUAUAGUUUUGAUUAAUUAUAAAUUCUUACGGCUUCAGCAUUAUUGGUACUUUUAACAUGAAAACAGCUAUAAUUAUACUCAUAAUUGAAAAAAAUAUGCGUUUAGGUUGAUAACAACAAGCAUUUAUUGUAUGUUUUAGAGAAACUUUUGCUUGAAUACACAGUUUUCAUAAUUUUUGAAGGUUUAAUUAACAGGGGUCCACUUUUGGAAAAGUUUGGAUUUUCGUUGUCCUAUAUUGGACCCCCAUAAUUUUUGCUAGAAAAUUGCAUUUCUUCGCUUUAUUUUAGUAAAUAUCCUUAAACUUACAUUAUUUCGACUUGCUGAAGUUAAAUAAUCAGUCAAAAAAUGAUUGGAUGGUUAAUUCAAUCAUAAAAUAUAAAUGCAGUUUUGUUGUGAAAAUGCUAGUGGCCAUGGCUGAUUUCAGAUGUCGAACUCAAAACACUUAUUUUGGUGAAAAGGACAAUUCAAUGUCAGUCAUCAUUGUUCUUAAUGAUGCUGAACAUGCCAAAUAAAAGAUUUGUAGACAACAACACGCUUGAAAUUGUGAUUUUAUUGAAUUUUCCAUUAAAAACCCUUCAGAGGGUCCACUAUAGGAAAGGGGUCCACUAAUGGAUAACGUACCCUAUUUUUGAAAAACUCAAAGUGAACGUGUUUCUGGGGACCCUAAACUUCAUGCUUCCCCACAAGUUGAGCCUGCGCAGUCAUUUUUGUAAUUUUUUGUAGGUCAGUGUUAUUAAAAGGUUCAUUCAAACAAAAAGAAAACAAUUCAAAAUCGCACAAAAACAUGCAAAAACUUCAGAACUACUCUAAUUAAGGAAACAUCAAAAUAAAACCAAUAAAAAGUUGCCAAAUUUAUUUUUGAAUCAAAAACAAAAAACAUAAGGAAGAAAUACUCAUCAUUAUCACAACUCAACAUUUUUGAAGAUGAUGUCAGCAAAAGCUUCUGUUCCGUUAAGCUAUGAAUAGGGGGAGCCCAACCUGAACACGCUCCAAUCGACAGAAUUGAAUUUUAAUAAAUUCACUGCCAAUAAAUAACAUUGUUAUUACCGUCAUCAGGGGUGACAUUGGGUCUGAGGGGUGAGAUUGGGUCAUACAAAAAUGCGAAAAUUUGUAUGACCCAAUCUAACCCUCCAGACCCAAUGUCACCCCUGAUCGGUUAUAAAUGGUAUGGAAUCAUCUUGCGCACCUUCUAAUUUUUGCGACUUUCUACAAAUAAUCGUGGGUGCGCAUGGUUGUUUAAGAUGAUUCCAUGCAAUUUAUACCCGAAAUUCACUUAAAAUUUUGAAAUUUGUAUGACCAAAUCUCACCCCAAGACCCAAUGUCACCCCUGAUGACGGGUACACGGAAAAAAUACCAAUUUUUGAAACUAUCAAAAUUGCAUAAAAAAUUGAAAUAUUUUUUUUACUUAUUCAAGCUGUUCAAAUAUAAAAGAAUGAAAUCACAAUCAUGCUCAUGAAAUUGGCAAAGAAACAACCUACACAAGCCUUCCGAAAAGUCAUAUAAAAUUGUUUGAAAUUGAGAAUAGCAUGUUUUUUAACAACAAAAAAUAAACAUCAUAGACCAACGAUAAAUCACUAACAAAAGCAACAAAUCAACAGGCAAAGAUGAUGCCCAUCUAGUUCCACCGGAAGAGCUGAGUUCUACAAACUAUAAAUAAACGGCUGCUCUCGGUCAGCGUAAACGAAACUGUUUGCGGAAAACACACUCGAAACAGCCUGCCAAUAGGCGGCUGUCUUGAAUCUUGAAACGCGUUGAUUUUGGUUUUCACCACGGAACCCUGAGACCGUCCCAGUUAUCAUCCUUGAUGUAAUUUUGUCUGUGGUGCUAAAUAUUCGGCAUUUAAAUGCAAUUUUCUCGGCAAAGCCUUCCCGCAUUUAAUUCUAAUUUAUAAACCCAUUUGGGCCCGAAAGCUUCACGAUGAUCCAACUCCACUGCCUCUGAUGGAACGGCGAAACGAGGCGAGCCUCACUUUGCUCAAGGCGACACUCGUAAAAGUUUAAUUUGCCUAAAAGUAUACCAUUCGCAGCCCACUGCCAUCUUCCGUGACGAAUCUCUUGCUACUGCUGCGUGGUGGGUAGCAUAGAACAAUGGCAUCUAGCUUUUCCAAGUGGUACUCCCAAAAUCAUCGAUAGUAGAGCAUGUCGAGGCGAAGGACAAAGCGCAAAUAAAAUCUAAUUUAAUUUUCCGGUUUGCACACAGUUUGGUGCAUACAUCCGGGCGUUUUCCCAUUAAGAAAAAGGCUCAGCCCAGGCAUGGGAGAAUAAAAUUAUUACGUUCAUUUCACGACGAUCAUUUGCCGUCAAUCACCUUCCGGAGGGGCCUACCCGUGGUGAUCCAUUCUCGGUUUGCUGGAGAGCCUGCGGCAGGAUUGCAAAUUUAUCACCCAGUUUCACAAUCGACUUUGGAGACUGUGAGUUCUAAUCCCGGCUGGGGAAGAUGGGCAGAAUUUAUGGGUCACCUGCUGAAACCAUGUCGAUUUACAAUGGUUUGGCGACUUCAAGAACUCGACAGUCUCAUAGGGGUAGAUUGAUGGAUUCGUUUGUGCUCGGGAAUGUGUUGGAAUGCACCCGGCACUGGGAGGCUGAGAUUUGGUGCUGCGGGUGGAGGGGGAGGUUUUAAUUUUCAUAAUAAUUGAAUUGUUUCUCAAGUGGUCAUUGAUACAAAUGGACUAUCAAUGUGUAGUUUACAGGAUAGCCAUAGAGUUCGAAAGCAAUGAUUUUUUUUAUUAUUUGAAUGGCUUUGGAGCUUUAUUUUUGGAGUGUUUUGCAUUUUAACUACACAACAGAUGUUAGAAAAACACAAAAAUAUAUGAUACAUCUCUUCACUAGAAAACUUAACUAACAAUCAUUGCGCUAGCGUUGACGAUCAAAGUUUAAAAGUGUGUCCAUUUGUUUCACUUAUUGUUACAAUUAAAUACAUUCAAUUAGAGCUGCUGUACCAUUUGCUCCAACUUUCCAACUUAAACUAUGGAAUUAAAUUAUCCACCUCAACUAACGCUUAGUGCAAUUCUGGCUUCCAAGUUCACUGGUCAUAUUGAUCUUAAAACUGACUAAUUUCCAUUUAUUUCUGGAUUCGAAUCUUAGAAACAACCUUUAUUUUUUUUUAAUUUGUAAAAUAUAUUCACAAAAUAGAACCAAUUGAUUCAGAACAAAACACUUGGGACAUCUAUGCCAACCGAAAACCGAAUUACUAUUCCAACUACAUAGUCCAAAUCCCCGUCAAAUCCACUCUGCAAAGUAGCGCCAAAAGUUUUGGACAGCCUUUCUCCGGUUCGCUCCAAACUCCUCAUUGGGUCUAGUUCCAUGAUUUUAUUAGACCGACAGCGCGUGGAACUACUAUGGUACAAAGUUUUGCCAUCAGUUUUGAGCGCAAACGAAUCAACUCAACUGUGUGACAGCGUGACACCCGGUGGAAACAAAUUUGGUAGCCCUGAGGGGAAA